AUGGACAUUCGCAACAAUCUGACCCGGCUGAACAUGCUUGAGAACUGCACCGUGAUUGAGGGCCACUUGCAAAUCUUGCUGAUGUUUAAAACCAAGCCUGAAGAUUUCCGCGAGCUCAGCUUUCCUAAACUGACGAUGAUUACAGACUACUUGCUGCUUUUUCGUGUCUAUGGCCUGGAGAGUUUAAAGGGACUGUUCCCCAACCUCACUGUGAUUCGAGGAACUCAUCUGUUCUUUAACUACGCGCUCGUCAUUUUUGAGAUGGUUCACCUGAAAGAGAUCGGCCUCUACAACCUCAUGAACAUCACUCGAGGCGCUGUGCGGAUUGAGAAGAACAACGAGUUGUGUUACUUGUCCACCAUCGACUGGUCGAGGAUUUUGGAUUCUGUAGAAGAUAAUUACAUCGUGGCCAACAAGGAUGACAAAGAAGAGUGUGGAGACGUGUGUCCAGGAACCGUGAAAGGGAAGAGCAACUGCCCACCUACGGUGAUCAACGGCAUUUUCAUCGAACGCUGCUGGACCCACGACCGCUGUCAGAGAGUUUGUCCACCCGCCUGCAAGUCCCAGGGCUGCACCUCCGACGGUCAGUGCUGCCACAGCGAGUGUCUCGGGGACUGCACGGAGCCGAACAACGCUGAAAAAUGCGUGGCUUGCCGCAACUUCUACCUUGAAGGCAAAUGCGUGGACACCUGCCCGCCCGGUUACUAUCGCUUCGAGGGCUGGCGUUGCGUGACCUUCGGCUUCUGCCAGGAACUGCACAACAAAUGCAAAAACGCCAGGGAGUCGGGCUGUCACGUUAUCCACAACAACGAGUGCGUCCACGAGUGCCCGUCGGGAUACAUCAUGAAUUCCAGCAAGUGAGUACAAGGCUUGCACUGUACGCCCUGCGCAGGGCCCUGCCCCAAGGUUUGCGACUACGGGAAGGAGAAGACGAUCGAUUCGGUGACAUCGGCACAGGAGCUCCGUGGCUGCACGGUUGUUAAUGGAAGCUUGGUUAUAAAUAUCCGCGGAGGAAAUAACAUAGCAGCUGAGCUAGAAGCGAAUCUCGGCUUGAUAGAAGAAAUCUCAGGUUACCUAAAAAUUCGCCGGUCUUACGCCUUGGUUUCUCUUUCUUUCUUUCGUAAACUACAUCUGAUUAGAGGAGAAACACUAGAAGCUGGGAAUUAUUCAUUUUAUGCCUUGGACAACCAGAAUCUUCGCCAGCUCUGGGACUGGAGUAAACACAACCUCACUAUCGCACGAGGCAAACUCUUCUUCCAUUAUAAUCCCAAACUGUGUUUGUCAGAAAUCCACAAGAUGGAGGAGAUCUCUGGGACGAAGGGGCGUCAGGAGAGGAACGACAUCGCCCUCAAGACGAACGGUGAUCAGGCCUCAUGUGAAAAUGAAUUGUUGAAAUUUUCUUCCAUUAGAACAUCUCAUGACAAGAUCCUGUUGAAGUGGGAGCCGUACUGGCCUCCCGAUUUCCGUGAUCUCCUGGGAUUUAUGCUUUUUUACAAAGAAGCUCCAUACCAAAAUGUGACAGAGUUCGAUGGCCAAGACGCCUGUGGGUCAAACAGCUGGACAGUUGUGGAUGUUGACCCACCCCCACGGUCAAACGAGCCCAAAGCCCAGGCCCAGCCAGGCUGGCUUCUGCGGGGCUUGAAGCCCUGGACGCAGUACGCGGUCUUUGUGAAAACUCUGGUCACCUUCUCAGACGAACGAAGAACGUACGGUGCAAAGAGUGAAAUCAUCUACGUCCAGACCAACGCCACUGUUCCCUCGGUCCCGUUAGAUCCGAUAUCUGUUUCCAACUCUUCGUCCCAAAUCAUUCUGAAGUGGAAGCCGCCCUCCGAGCCCAACGGGAACAUCACGCACUACCUGGUGUUCUGGCAGCAGCAGGCGGAGGACAGCGAGCUGUAUGAACUCGAUUACUGCUUGAAAGGAUUAAAACUGCCCUCAAGGACGUGGUCUCCUCCUUUUGAAUCUGAAGACCCUCAGAAGUAUAAUCAAAGUGAAAAUGAGGAUGUCAGCGGAGAGUGCUGUUCCUGUCCUAAAACCGACUCUCAGAUACAAAAGGAGCUGGAAGAGUCUGCUUUCCGCAAGACAUUUGAGAACUAUCUUCACAAUGAGGUUUUCGUCCCCAGGCCAUCAAGAAAACGGAGAGACCUGGGCUCUGUGGCAAACGCCACCGUGGUGAUACCCACCCUCGCGUCCUCUCCAAACAAUUCUGCAGCAGCGUCCGAGAACGCGGAGGAACAGAAACCUUUCGAAAAAGUGAAGUCGAAGGAGUCCUUGGUUAUCUCAGGCCUGCGGCAUUUCACCGGCUAUCGCAUUGAGCUCCACGCUUGUAACCACGAUGCUCAGGAAUCCCGCUGCAGUGUUGCAGCUUACGUCAGUGCCCGCACCAUGCCCGAGGCUAAGGCUGAUGACAUCGUCGGUCCAGUGACCCACGAACUGGUUGAAAAAAACACGGUGCAUUUGAUGUGGCAGGAACCGAAGGAGCCGAACGGUCUCAUUGUGCUGUACGAAGUGAAUUACGGACGUCUCGGGGAGACAGAGGAAGCACACUUCUGCGUUUCCCGGAAGCAUUUUGCCAGCGAGCAGGGCUGUAAGCUCCGGGGACUGCAGCCUGGAAACUACAGUGUCCGCAUACGAGCUACAUCGCUGGCUGGAAACGGCUCGUGGACAGAACCGACCUAUUUCUAUGUGGCUGAUUAUUUGAAUGCUCCACCUAAUAUUGCGGUUAUAAUUGUUCCAAUUAUUUUUGCCAUUAUAAUUGCUGGAAUUAUUGGAGCUGCUUACGUGCUUGUGAAAAAGAGACAAACCGAAGGACCGACUGGACCGCUCUACGCCUCCUCUAACCCUGAAUAUAUCAGCGCCAGCGAUGUCUACGUCCCCGACGAAUGGGAGGUUCCACGAGACAAGAUCACUCUCCUGCGAGAGCUGGGACAGGGCUCCUUCGGCAUGGUGUACGAGGGGAUCGCCAAGGACAUAGUGAAGGGCGAGCCGGAGACCCGCGUGGCUGUGAAAACGGUGAACGAAUCGGCCAGCCUCCGCGAGCGCAUCGAGUUCUUAAAUGAAGCUUCUGUGAUGAAAGGGUUCAGCUGCCAUCACGUGGUUCGCCUCCUUGGGGUGGUCUCGAAAGGACAACCCACUCUGGUGGUCAUGGAGUUAAUGGCACACGGAGAUUUGAAAAGUUACCUUCGCUCUCUGAGACCUGAUGCGGAGAACAACCCUGGUCGUCCACCGCCGACGCUGAGGGAAAUGAUCCAGAUGGCUGCGGAGAUCGCCGACGGCAUGGCCUAUCUGAACGCCAAGAAGUUUGUUCACAGAGAUCUCGCAGCUCGGAACUGUAUGGUUGCAGAAGACUUCACUGUAAAAAUCGGAGACUUUGGCAUGACCAGAGAUAUCUACGAGACGGAUUAUUACCGUAAAGGAGGCAAAGGACUGCUGCCGGUGCGGUGGAUGGCACCCGAGUCAUUGAAGGACGGGGUUUUCACGGCUUAUUCCGAUGUGUGGUCGUUCGGUGUUGUCCUCUGGGAGAUCAGCAGUUUAGCGGAGCAGCCCUACCAGGGACUCUCCAACGAACAGGUGCUGAAGUUUGUCAUGGACGGAGGAUACCUGGAUCAGCCGGACAACUGCCCGGAGAGGCUGCACAGCCUGAUGCAGAUGUGUUGGCAGUACAACCCGAAAAUGCGCCCCACCUUCAUCGAGAUCAUCGAGAUGCUGAAGGAGGACUUGCACCCCAGCUUCCAGGAGGUCUCGUUCUUCUACAGCGAGGAGAACAAACCUCUGGAAACGGAGGAGUACGAGAUGGACUUUGAGAACAUGGAGAGCAUUCCCCUCGACCCCUCCUCGUACUCGCAGAGGGACAAAGUCCUGGGGCGGGACAAUGGCCCCUCCAUGGCCCUCAAGGGGAACUAUGAAGAGCACAUACCUUACACUCACAUGAACGGUGGCAAGAAAAACGGGCGGAUUCUCUCCAUGCCCAGGUCAAGUCCUUCCUAACGCUUCCUGUUUGGCCCAAGGGUUGUGUCUUGCUUUUUUUCCCCCUCCACAAAUCUCAGGACUCUUGUUGUUGCUGCCACAGUGUAUGACACACAUCUACAAACUCUUCAGAUUUUUAACCAUCUUAUGAUUAAUACUUUUUUUUUUUUUUUGCCAAGUUGACUGGUUGUCAGUGGACUUAUCUGUGAACAUAAAUGGAAGAGGUUUCCAUGGCUGCUGUCCCUCCUGUAACCAUGGUUUCAAAACAGGAAGCGACUGUGUAAGUUAAACCGAAGGAGGAGCAUCCGCGGUUGCCAACAGAAAACGUGAAAUUUGCUGGUGUCUGAGCUACAGCGUAACGGUGCGGAACAAAACUUCUGCAGGACAAAAGCAUUUCCAGUAGAAUUC